AUGCCGGCUUCCAUAAGCAUGGAUGAGAAUCUGGGGUUCCAGUAUGGAGUUUCCAGGCCAGGGCUUAAUCCACCAAUUCAAUUUGGGAAUGGAUUUUGUGGAGCAGGGUCAGGACUCAUUCGAGGCGGAUUGGGUGCGUAUGGAAAGAAAAUUUGUGGUUCAAGUUCUCAGUAUGUUCAAAGCAAUAUAAGCAAGUACUUCUCAGAUCCUCAAUACUACUUCCAAGUGAACUCCCACUACGUCCGAAACAAACUGAAGAUAAUUCUGUUUCCAUUUCUGCACAGGGGGCACUGGACGAGGAUGACAGAGCCAGUUGGAGGCAGGCUUUCGUAUAACCCUCCAAUUACUGACAUACAUGCCCCAGACUUGUACAUUCCAUUCAUGACAUUUGCAACGUACUUGGUUCUCGCUGGGAUCUCACUAGGUCUUUCUGGGAAAUUCAGCCCAGAGGCUAUAAAUUGGCAGUUUGUGAAGGGAAUGGUGGGUUGGCUACUCCAAGUGAUGUUGCUCAAGGCAUCGUUGUCUUCACUUGGGGGUGGAGAGGCACCUUUGCUAGACAUGAUAGCAUAUACUGGGUACACUUUCACAGGGUUGUGUGUGGCGGUUCUAGGGCGAAUCACGCUAAGCUAUGCGUACUACUUGAUAAUCAUAUGGACAUCCAUGUGCUCAGGCAUCUUCUUGGCAAAGACAAUUAAGAUAACUUUGUAUGCUGAGAUCAACAGUUAUGAUGCAAACAUGCAUCAUUAUAUGUUGCUAGGUAUCGCGUUUUCUCAGUUCCCGUUGAUCAUCUGGCUGAGCAACCCUACCGGGAAUUGGUUUUCCUGAACCUGCAAUUUCAAUGCAUAUAUGCUCGUUGCUCGGAUUUUCUGCGAUGGCAUAUGAACAUCUU